AUGACUCUCAAAACAGCCAAAGAAAUCUGGAAUUUCUUGAAGCAAGAAUAUGAAGGUGACAAGAGGAUUAGAGGCAUACAAGUGUUGAAUUUGAUUAGAGAAUUUGAGUUGCAAAAGAUGAAAGAAUCAGAAACAAUCAAAGAAUAUUCAGACAGACUACUCGGCAUAGUUAAUAGGGUAAGACUACUGGGUACUGACUUUUUUUAUUCUAGAAUUGUGCAAAAAAUCUUAGUCACAAUUCCUGAAAAGUUUGAAACUACAAUAUCAUCUUUGGAAAACUCAAAAGAUCUGUCAAGCAUCACCUUGGCAGAAUUGUUGAAUGCAUUACAGGCGCAGGAACAGAGGAGGUUCAUGAACAAGAACAAAAAAAGAAACAGCAAGCCUGGAGGUUCUGCUGACAACAACAAUAACAACAAAAGUAACACCCAAGUUUUUCCAUCUUGUCCUUAUUGCAAAAAGGAUAAUCAUCCACAAAGAAGAUGUUGGUGGAGGCCUGAUGUUAAAUGCAAUAAGUGUGGUUAG